AUGCAGACUAACGAUCCGAAGCUUGAUUCCGUGGCAGGUCCAGACGCAGCGGGCGAAAGCCGGACAAGUUCACAAUCGCACGAGGACGUUCAGAUUGUUGACUGGGACGGUCCAGACGACCCACAAAAUCCGAAAAACUGGAGCUUUAAGAAGAAGUGGGCCGCGACGGCCAUCGUGUCUGCGUUCACUUUCAUCAGCCCGGUGUCGUCAUCAAUGAUCGCUCCUGCGUCCGAUCAAUUGGCCCAAGAAUUUGGUAUCACAAAUGAGACCGUCAUUGCGUUGGUCACCUCCAUAUUUGUGUUAGCCUAUGCAUUGGGGCCAUUGAUUCUAGGUCCGCUAAGUGAGAUUUUCGGUCGAUCAAGAGUACUCCAACUAGCGAACAUGUGGUAUCUAGCGUGGAACCUGGGUUGCGGUUUCGCACAAAAUACCGGACAAAUCCUCGCCUUCCGUUUUCUCGCAGGCUUGGGCGGGAGUGCACCACUUUCGAUCGGUGGAGGUGUGCUCGGUGACUGCUGGCGACCAGAGGAAAGAGGUCAGGCAAUUGCUCUAUACUCUCUCGCUCCUCUCCUUGGCCCAGUAAUCGGUCCUGUCUGCGCUGCAUGGGUUGCGCAGCGAUCUACUUGGCGCUGGGUGUUUUGGUCGACAACCAUUGUAGACGCUUUCAUUCAAUGCUUGGGAAUAUUGUUCCUGCAAGAAACCUACGCUCCAAUCCUAUUAGAACGCAAAGCCAAUAAAAUACGCAAGAACAUGGAUCCUGAGAAAGCAGAGAAGCGAAUUAUCCGCACUGUCUUCGACAGCGCCGAUAGACAUUGGCAGGCAAUUGUCUCGAAAUCGCUCGUCCGCCCCUUCAAGCUCUUCUUCCGCGAGCCGAUCAUCAUGCUCCUCGGCGCCUACAUGGCAUUUGUCUAUGGCACGCUCUACUUGUUCCUCACGACCAUAGACGGCAUCUUCGAAAAUACAUACAACGAAGCCGUUGGCAUCGCCGGUCUCAACUAUAUUGCGCUCGGUGUUGGCCUUACCGGUGCGUCACAGUUUAACGCGCGGUCGCUCGAUCGGGUAUACAAGUACUUCGCGAAGAAGAACAAUGGAGUCGGAAGGCCGGAGUUCAGGUUACCUACUAUGGUUCCUGGUACAAUCCUGCUACCAAUCGGGCUUCUCAUCACUGGCUGGACGGCGCAAAAUCACACACAUUGGAUUGGGCCAGAUAUCGGCAUUGCCUUGGUGGGCGCCGGGGUGAUCCUGAACUUCCAGUGCAUCCAAACGUACAUCAUUGACGCAUUCACGCUGCACGCUGCGUCAGCGCUUGCUGCGGCCACCUUCUUGCGUUCCUGCGCAGGCUUCGGCUUCCCGCUGUUCGCACCGGCGAUGUACAACGCACUCGGGUACGGCAAGGGCGAUUCUAUUCUUGCUGCCGUUGCCAUCGUCGUCGGCUGUCCAGCGCCCUGGAUAUUCUGGACGUAUGGCGAGCGCAUACGUGCGGCGAGCAGGUAUGCCCGGAAAUAG